AUGGCGGACGCUGGGUUUUUUAGGGUAAGAAAAUUUUGCUGCGCGUUUUAGAUUUAUCUUCUCUUUUCCUAAAGUCAGGUUUCUUCUUCUGACAACUUAAAAACUUUCUCCACAGGGCACAAGUGCGGAACAAGACAACCGGUUCCUUGAUAAGCAAAAGAAGCUGUUGAAAUCUAUGCGUUUUGAUGAAGUCCUGAACAAAAAGGUUGGCUCAUGAUUCAUCUAUUCCUUUGAUUUCCGCGUUAUAACGUUUUUGUUCUGGCGUAACCUACAAGUUUUUUCAUACUUGUGUUGAAUUUAAUUUGCCAGGUUAUAAGUCAGACAUAGAAACAACAUGAGACAUGUGCCCUUGUGAAAGUUAAUUGAAUCAAAUUACAGACUAUAAUACUUUCUUUAGUCUGAAAAGUCUGGCAUCGUAUUGACUGAAACUUUCACUGAUCUCUUCAAGGCAGUGUAUUUGGUUAAGACAUUGCAAUAAUACGUUGUUUUCGUAUAUUCCACGUGUAAGUUUUGAUUUUCGCGGCAUGACUCCUGGAGAUGGAAAUUUUUCUCUCACAGUUCUUCGAAUUCGUUGCAGUUCAGGCCCGGUUUAGACACCGAACUUUUCAUGAACCUAACCUAAUUCUAAUUAAGACCGACCCAAAUUAUUUUGACCGCUGAAUUAAUUCAGACGCCGAUUUUAAUUCCAGCCGAAUUAACUUUAAAAGGAGAAAAAUGCUCAUUUCGGUCAAACUGCUUGCAAUACAUGUUGUAAUGGUUUAUGCUCCGAGAGGUUUUUCUCCGGGUACUCCGGUUUUCCCCUCUCCACAAAAACCAACAUUUCUAAAUUCCAAUUCGAUCCGGAAUGCUCGAGCGUUUAAUACAUGAGCCCCUGGCUCAGGAGAUUGGGCAACCACUCCUCACGCUAUCGAGCUUAAAUAAAAUUGAUUUGAUUUUGAUUUGAUUUGAUGCGUUAGGGUUAGGCACCUGAAAGUUGGGAGUCUUCAUCAAAGCCAUUCCAAACUUGCUCCAAUGUCGAAACUCUUGGCCGGGCUAGGCAGGAAGAACAGGUCAGCUGUUCCAUCCUAAUGGCAUGGAUUAAGACACUGAACUUUUAAUGGAGUUUAAAAUUCAAUGUAUUAGGUUCGGCUUGUUGAAAGCUUGGUGUCUGAUAUCAUGUACAGAAAACAGGGCCAUAUUGUAAGGACCGUAACAGAAGUGCUAUCAUAGCUUUUUAGUCAUGAUGGGUUUUAGAAAAACAAGGCAGAAAAAUAUUUAACUUUAAAAGUUAGAUAGCCUGCAUAAUUUGCAAGCAUUUCCAAACAAGUUAUUGCGUGAAAGUUGGCAAGCAAAAGGGAAAGAGAGGAAAUGCUUUCCUUGCUUACACAUCAGUUUUAAUUGAACAUAUAAAUGAGGGCAAGAGAUAUCACAGUGUAUGGCUCACACAAUCUAUGUUUCAGAAUUGAGCAGACUGCAAACUACAUUAUUAAGAUAAAAUAAUGUAGAUACUACAGACUUGUAGUUGAAUUUGUUUUACCUUAAGACAGUUUUGUACAAGUGGUGUAAAACAAAUGUUGAUAAACAGCAGUCUAAUCUGUCCUUUUUUGCAUUAGGUGGACAUGGAGAAGGUUAACUUGGAUGUUGUAAAACCAUGGAUAACAAAGAAACUCAUAGAAAUUCUUGGAUUUGAGGAUGAUGUCGUUAUGCAGUAUGUUUUAAACAUGCUGGAAUCUGAAAAGGUAAGAACAAGCUGUAGCCAGUACAGACCAAAAGAAAAAUUAUCAUGUUUUGCCGUUUUAAGUUUAUUCUAAUCAUAGGUGAAUCCUCUGUCAGUGCCCCCACCUCUUAAUGAAAGUGUGUGAAAGCCUUGUGUUUGUUGUCCUGUGCUGGUCUUCACCACAGGUUAACUUGCCUUAUUUACACAAGGAUUAGUGUCAGUUCAAAUAUUUUAACUCUCUUUACAUUAUUUUUGGGAGAAGGGUGGCACAGUCAUGAAAGCAUUCUCCUUCCACCAAUUUGGCCCAGGAUCAAAUCCCGGCAACACCAUUUGUUGGUUUAGUUUGUUGUUUGUUCACUCCUUUCUGUGGGUUCUCUGGUUUUCCACUCUCCUCAAAAACCAAAACUUCCAAUUCCUAUUCAAUCUCGAACCCACAGCCACCUUUAAACAAGUUCUUAAGAAUUCCCAAGGGCUUUGCGAGAAAACAAAUUACAAUCAAAUGUUAUUUUUUUAAAACAAUUUUUCAUUUCAGAGUCCUGAUCCCAAGUUUAUGCAAAUCAAUAUAACUGGUUUUCUGCAAGCUAAGAAUGCACGAGAAUUUAUGAAAGAGUUAUGGACCCUUCUUCUAAGUGCUCAGGAGAACAUUGGAGGCAUACCAUCAUCUCUACUGGAGAAAAAGAAAGAAGAGAUCAAGCAGAGAAAGGUUGGUGCAAAAUUGAAAAAUAAAUACGUGUAACUGAUUUAUUAGCAUGAGAAAGCAGUCAAUGCUUUGUGAUGUCAGCACAGGUUUCCCCACCAGGUGACAUCAAAAAAAUUAUCAUGGUUAGUGCUCUAGGGCUGAAAAUAACGGAAAGCAGGUCGCCGGUCAUGAUGACCAGCCAAAUAUUUUUUAGCGCCGACAAACCCCGAUUCUGGCCAGUCAAAUAAUGAAUACCAUAAUAUGUCCCAUCGGUGAAACGUGAUCUUUUUCGUUGCCUAGCAGGUGAUCGAAAAUCUCCUCCACAAAGGAGAAACUUCACUAACAACUUCAACACAGAAUAUUGACCUAAAACAGUAAUAUCCUUAUGACAUAAGCCUUUUUAAUUAGUUACUAUGACUGUUUCUUUAUGCUGUUCAAAGCAACAAAUUUUGCCACAAAUAUGACUAGUAAUAACCAAAGGUUACAGAGUGCAGGCAACAAUGAUUGAAGGUCAAAAUGCUUUUUGUCCAGCACUGUGCUUUGUGUAAAGUUUAACGUGACUGAUUGUCAAAACAUGUGUGAUCAUAUUAUUAGUGACAGAAGGUGCAAAUGCGCAUGAUCAAGGUGCAUUCUGUGCAUUUCAUACAUUCUUAGUGGAAGUCCAAACAAAUGCUGGUUACAUACAUGCAACACAUGCAUAAUAACAACCUAAAGAUUAGGAUUGUGGGCUCCUCUUGUCGCCUGCAAUCAUUUUGGUGUAAAAGAAUUUAAAAAGCUAUAAGUGAGAAUUUAGCUCUAAAUUGAACAAAUGUACUAACAGUUACAUUUUCCUGUUGUAUAAUUCCUAAGCUGGAACAGGAACGACUUCAAGCAAGCUUACAAAGGUAUCAAGGAGAUCAACAGCAAACAGAGCCAGACAGUACUGCUGCUGAUGAUAAUGUGGCCAAUGAGAAUGGGUCAGGUGGGCCCACAGAUGACAUCAAUGAAGAAAUAAGGAAAGCCAAGGAAGUGGCACGAUCUCUCGCAGGAAAAGAAGUGAGUAGUAUUUGGUUUCGGCUGUUUUAGUUUAGAAUGUGUGGGAAUAGUACCGGCCUAUAUUUAUCUAUCUGGGAAAGAAAAAGUACAGAUUUUUGACAGACUGUAUGGGUGUGGGACUGCACAAUUUGACCAAAUCCUCUCAAUCUCUCAAAAAUUAACACAAUUCACACAAUACUGAGUAAGGUGCUUAGUUUUACAGUUCAUAACAACAAGAUGUUUGGUACCUUUCAAACUCUUUUCAUGCCAUUCAUUUCCAAAAACACCUUUGUUUUUUCUUUUGGUUGAACAACUUCCACAAGCAGUGGUAAAAAGCAUUGAACUACAAGGCUUUCUUUGUAGCUCUGUUUGAUCCUGGGUAUCAGUUGGUUAUGUAGAUUCAAUAAACGACAUAUAUUUUGUAAAUUGUUUGCAAUGCUUUGUCAGAUGGUUUCCUAAAGCAUUUUUGUUUUCUGGGGAUGCAAAGGCUGAAAGUCUAGCACCAAAAACUAUUGAAUGUUAGAUACAUUGUUUAGGUUCCACAAUUCAACUUAAACAAAGAAACAACAAGCUUUGUAAAUCAAAGUGUUCAUGUCUAUCAAGUGUAAUUCCCAGUGAAAAAAACUUCACAUUGAUACAAACAUGAUAGGUUAUGAAGUAAUUGAUGAUUAAUUGAUGUGUGAAACAAAUAUUUUUAAAAACAUUUAUUUUAUUGCCAUGGUGAAGAACACCAGUAAUUGCAUCAUUUUCAAGAGUGGGCUUAACAUUAUACUGAGACUUGUUACGUAUUCCUUAAACCUAUUUUGUUUUUGAUGAAUGUAGAGCAAACAUGCACAAUUCUUGCUUUUCCCAUGCAAUUUAUUGCCCCCCAAAUCAAUCAUAAUUUUUUUUCCUGUGCCCUGUUAAGAACCCUGAUAUAUGUUUAUUGGAGGCCUAGAAUAAGGCUUAAAAUGAAUUCUAAUCAAAUAGCAAAUACUCCUUUUGUGUAAUGAGCACAUACAAGGUUCCAGUCACCCUUUUACAGGGCAGGGGACUCGGGGGCCGUUGGCAAGGGAUUUUCUUGGCUACCAUAAGCGUGACCCAGGCUAAUUUUAACCAAACCUAAGGGACCAUAAAAGGCAAAGGACCUUCGAACAGUUUAAUUCCCCUGCCUACUUAUUGCAUCUACCCAGCAUACCUGUAAAUAAAGUGAAUAUUCCACUGCACUCACCAGUAACAGAUGGUUAGAGUUCGAAAAGUCUGGUUGGAUUUAUUAACAUGCUUUCAGUGUAGUAGAGUCAAAUCUCAGACAUGCACUUCAUUUGGACUGUGUAUUAAAAAUGUAUUUGACAUCAUUGACGAAUGUCCUACAUCAGUAGGGCCAUAUUUCUUACUCACCAAGAACAAGUUUGUGACAUGUAAAAAUGCAAGAAUAGUAGGCAUCAUGAUAAUAAGAAGAUGUAGUCUGGAAGGGUAGAAGGUACUCUUCUUACAGAAGGCAGAUUUUUUUUACCUAACAUUCCAAGUAAACAAGGCUUCUAUCUUACUCUGGGAUAGAGAAAUGAAAUAUUAAAAUCGUUAAGGUAAGCAUACCCAGUGCAUGUUUUUGUUACAUCUGUGAAUGGUGGUAGUUUAAUAGUCAGAAUUAUGUUUGAUUGUCUGCUCCCCAUUGUUUAGAUAAUUAUACAGUUAAAUCACAAGGAAUUUUAUUAAGUAUAGAUUGUUGGUAAAAUUAUCACUCUUGUUGAUAAUGUUAGUACGGCUGAACUUGUAUUUGUGAUAUUAUAUGUUGAUGCAGGGUGCAAAGAAAGUCAGUUUUACAGCUUUCCAUUUGGGCAAGCUCUAGCUAGCAUGUCCUAGCCCGAAAGUCAUUUAAGUUACCCCCAAAAUAAAAUUUUGGAAGAGCAAGAUUGAUUACCAUCCUUCUUUAAGGUGAAUUUUGUUAAAGAAUUCACUCUCCCGUCCAGCAAGUUAAGGGCAGAAUUGAUUAACCCCGUAGCAAAAUCCACCAGUCCUGUUGCUAUGGACCCAACUUUCUUUGCACACUGUGAUGUGAUCAGAUGGUGUAAAUGGUGUUCACCAAUGUGAUUCCUGACCUCAUUGCUGGGUAUGUUAUACACUCAGAUGACUUGCUGUUGAAAGCUUGUGCUUCUGAAGUGAAGCAGUUAGUGGCACCUUACCAAUAUUUUGGACAAACAAUGGACUAACGACAUACAGUCAAACCUCUCUAAAACGGACACCAAAGGGACAGAGAGAAGUGUCUGUAUUAGAGAGGUGUUUGUAUAAAAGAGGUCACUAUGAUGACUCCAGUUACAGUUUUAAGUUUUCAGUAGCUUAAACCAGGCUCACACUCGUCUUUCAACUGCAUUUAAAGUUAUUAAUUCACAGUACAAAGACACCGUCUUUCAGUAGCAUACAACAUCGGACAUCUCAGCUACAGACAAAUUACUGUUUAAAAGGAAAUGAGCCACAACGCAAUGCUGCAUGUAAAAAGUGGUAAUGUAAAGCACAAUACUAAAAGAGUCUUUCACCAUUUUGCAAGUUCAGUAAACAGCAACUAUCAGAGUACAAAAUGUUAUAGAAAAGAUCUUUAUGCUAUCUGUAGUUACUGAAGCCUUCAACAGUCAGUUAUGUUCCUCUGUACACCUUUUGCAAAUCGAUGUUUGGUAUACAGUGACUGGGCUUUAUAAUUAUCACCUUGCAUAGCUCGCCAGCCAGACUAGACGGGAUUCACCCUGUGCAGAUUCACGUGAUUGGGGUUCUGGAUUCACCUGAUCACUGCAGUGUCCGUAGUGAAGAGGUUAAGUUUAGAUGAAUUUACUCUCUGGGACUGAGAUUUAGUGUCCAAUGUCUGUAUUAGAGAGAGUUUGUAUUAUAGAGGUUUUUUUUUGAAGAAAAUGUAUAAAAUUUUGUUGGGACAUUAAAAACUGUCCGUAAUAGAGAGGUGUCCGCACCAAGAGGUUCAACUGUACUCAGGAAUACACUCAGCUUGAUAAUUUUAUUCCACCUGUAAUUAUUGUAAUAUUAGUUUGUUAAAUUUAAUUUUUAUUAACAUGUGUUUAUUCUAGACACCUCAGGACAGUCCUAAAAGAGACUACAAGAAGUCACGGCGAAACUCUGAUCACUCAGACAGUGAUGACAGUGAUGAUGAGGAUGAGAAGCAAUCAAAGAGAAAGAAAGAAUCGCGCAGAAAUGCUGAGGAUAAAGAUGAAAAGUCUGAUUCCCCAUCACUGAUGAGAGUAAAAAAGGAGAAAGAUGCUGAUGAGAAAACUAGAAGCAAGUUUCUUCAACCAAAAUGGCGAUCGCGACUGCUAUCCUCCGCUGCACGACCAGCUGAAAGGGACAAGCCAGGUUGGGAUGCUGAACAUAAACAGAAUGUUGCACUUACAAAAACGCCAGACAUAGAUGUCGUCUUAACUGGAGAUUCCAUUAUCAAGGGUCUUAGUCGUUAUCCCAGAAUUUGGAAGAAGUAUUUUCAGCCUCUUAAGUCACUCAACCUUGGCAUUGGUGGCGACAGAACACAGCAUGUUUUGUGGCGACUUCAGAAUGGAGAGAUGGAGUGCGAUCCUAAAGUAGUUGUUGUCCUAUGUGGUACAAACAAUUUGGACAAGAAUAACACAGGGGAAAUAGCUCAGGGAAUAUUGGCUAUAGUUGAUUAUAUUCGCAAGAAAAAGCCCAAUGUCAGCAUCGUUGUCUGUGGAAUUCUUCCCAGGGACUUAUAUCCUAGCAAAAGGCGGGAUAACAUUGAUGAGCUCAACGACGAGCUGUUUGAGUAUAUUAGCUAUUCUGAAGAGCUACGUGACGAGUAUGUUUAUUUUCUGGCACCUGGGACAGGAUGGACUAGGAAGGGCGGGAAGCUUGAUGAGUCCCUUUACUUCACAGAUCACUUGCAUCUAGUGGAAGAAGGAGAUGAGAAGCUGGCAAAAUCGAUCUCCCGUUUGGUCAAAGAACUUCUCAAAACUGAUGCAGAUGAAGGCAACCCUGUCCCUCAUAAGAAGCUUCUCAAGGUAUACUUUUAUCUUCCCUUGAUUGACCUUUGAAUCCAUGAAGCUAAGCUUGUCAACUCAGGAUGUUGUUUUCUAUUGCAGGUUUUUAAUCUUGCUUAUUGGUGUAUGCAAAUAACAGCUUCCUCCCUCUGCACUUUGCAUCAGGCUUUUUUCUAAUUAUUUUUCUUGGAUCCUGCUUCUUUCUGCUAAUCCUUUCCCUACUGAACUUUCAGAGACUGUCAAAACAGAAUUGACGAAAACAACCUACUCUUAAAGUGUAAUACACCACUUAAGGUUUUAAGGUGUUCAUCUUUCAUGUUUAGAUAUCUUAAAGGGAGUAAUGUGUUUGAGGUGACGGCAUUUAAAAUUUCAAGAGCAGAACCUUUAACAAUUAAACGUAUAAUGGGUAUAUACCCCUUAACUAUAGCUCAUUUUGUAGCUACUUAUCCAUGGAACAAUCUGAGACAUUUGAGUUUCUUAAAUCCAGUAGGCUGUAGACAGCUGUUGGUAGCAUGGUGGCUGAGUGGUUAAUACCUUGACCUUAAGAUCUGGCAGCCGGUGUUUAAACCUUGUUGUUGCAUUAUUUCCUUAGACAAGACAAAAAAACUUUCCCCCACAUUGUCUUUCUCUACCUGGGUGUAUAAUGGGUACUGGUGCUGCUAGUCAUUGAACAACAGAGAAACUUGUUAGAAGCAGUAGGCGAUGAGGUACCAGGUUCAUAUGUGCCUUUCAGUUAGUUACCAUUGUACCUACUUUAACCACCUCCUGGUUAGCUCAGUUGGGAGAGUGCCGGUCUACUGAGUGGGCAGUUGUGGGUUCAAACCCUGGCCAGACCAGCACUCAGGGUCUUUAAAAGUGAAAAGAAAGUGUUGCCUUUGUAAUUGCUUCUGCAAAUGAUUAGAGUUUUUAGUCUUCCCAGAUAAGGAAGAAAAACCAUAGGUCGCAUCUCACAGCACUUACACUUCUCUGGUUAUUGUGGGACAUAAAAGAACCCACACCACUGUUCCAAAAGGUUGGGGGAUGUAGACCCCGGUGGUGUGGUCUAAUGUCUACCAUCUCUGACGAUCAGUACAUAGCUUCUGUUGCUAUUACUCAUCUGUUGGGUGCUGGGCAACAUUAAAAAAAGCUUCUUCUUCUGUUGCUCAUGAACCAAACCCAUUUGCUUGGCAAUUGAACUUGCUAAACUGAUUUUUUUAAUUGCUGAUACUUUUUUAAUUUUAUGGAGCACCAAUAUCUCUAUUCUAAGAAAUUUCAUUUUGUGUUGCAAUGUCAUGUUUCAUCUCUGCAAUGAGUGCUGCAUACUCAAGCAAGAAAGCUCUUUCUUGUCAUAGUUUGGAUACCUUAACAACAGAAACACAGAAGUUUCUGUAAAAUUAAUUAUAUGAGUACCAUGUAGGGUAGAACUUUGACAGCUGCUUAUGGCUGGAUUUUAUGUUUAAGUGUUGAUUUAGAAUGGGGAACUCAAGUAAUAACUCUUGCUUGUUACAAUAAAUGGUUGCUUUGUACAGUUGAAUAUUCACAGAAUUCUAGGCGUUAUUUUUUUUAAAAAGGAAAAUAAAAAGGCUAGCAAUUCGCUCUGGUCAUUUGUGUUUGUUGUGGAAUUGUAUUUAAAGUUGUAACAACUUGCUUAACUGCAAGUAGUGGGUCUAAGAUAGGGCCACUGCUUUUGAAUGCACUGUCCACGUUCUUCAACAACUUUGUUUGAUCAGUUGGUCUGUUUGCUGUGCGAGAACUCCUAUUGCACUCCAACAGAUUAAUUACAAUGUACUGACUUAGAUAUAUGUUAAAAAUAAUCUUUUUUUUCUUCGUCAGGAAAAGGAGAUUGAAGAAACGGAAAAAGCGAAGAAAGGUACGUUUUAAUAAAAUGUAGUUGUUUUCAAGCAAGGGAGCAUGAAUUUAUGUCUGUUUGAAACGGAAGGAGUCAUUUUCUACCCAAGAAAUGCCCUCAAAGUUACAUGUUUAUGACAAAUCACUCCUUCAUAGACUUGCUGAAUUAAUUUGGGCCUUUAUCUGUGAACAUUUAGACAUGGUUUCCCUUUUUUUUUACACUUGUAUGUGGUUUGUACAGAGUUAUUAGUUCUGCUGAACAAACGAAUUGCACAAAAAAAACAUCCUCUGUAGUCAAUCAGAUCUCCAAAAUUGCAAGUUCUUUGAUUCGUAAAUUAAAAUAUGGAGGAGCUGAUUCGAGAACUUGGCAUGCUCGCAUUGUUUCCAAGCCCUCUUACCCACAGUUCAACAUUUUUUUUAACAACAACUGUCAUAGCUCUCUUUGUUGAACAAGUUGUAUUUGUACUUGUUGAACGGAAAGGAGCUUACUAUCUCUAUUUUCGUGCAACAACGUUCUGCAUGUUGGAUGGUUUUUUCAACCUUUAACAAGGCAUGAUGGGCAUUUUUGGAACCUUUUGUCACUUUCUUUGCUUCACACUACCCCUCCUAGCACUGGUAACAUAAUUUUAUAAUGUACUGGGGGUUAACUGAUGAUGAGCAAGCAUAAUGUCACAGGAAUCUUCACUCUUCUCCAGGGAUAAACCUUGUAGGCACCAGCACUGAGACUCGAAUAAUCCUUUACCCUUUUUUUAGAAAUUGGUAUUAUGUUCAGUAAUAUUUUAGAGCUUGAAAACGGCAAAAUGCACUUUGUUCUGCCAGUGUCGUAUUGUUUACUCCGCUUUCUAUUUUGGUCCUAUUUUUAAGGUAAUUUAGAAUUUUUCUUACAAACAAUGUAUUUUUAAGCUGGGAAAAGAUAGAAAAUCGACUUUUCAAACCAUUAAUGAUAGCUCGCUGUGCUUAAACCAAGGAAUGUCGGGGCCAGCUGAAUAUUUAAUGUUUAUUUCUACCCUUAAGUGUCUAUAAAGCUCAAAUGUAUUUUUUGUUGCAGAAAAUGCUAAGGAAAAAGAUGCCAAGUAAGUUUCUAUAAUUAUUUUCUGCUUCUGCCUAACGUUUUGGUUUGAAGUAUUUGCUACUUACUUGAAAAUAUGCUAACGGUUAUUAUCUCCGUUGUUGAAUUUUAGAAGGGAUCGUUCCAGCUCCCGCUCAAGAUCAAGGUCACGAUCUGGUGGAAGGGAAAGAAAGCGAUCACGUGACAAGAAAGGACGCAGGCGCAGUAGUUCUAAGUCCUCUGCUUCCCGAUCACGAUCUCGGUCUCACUCCAAAUCGAGGUCGCGCAGUCGUGAGCGAAGAAGACGCUCUCGAUCUCGUUCACCCCGACGCGUUUCUUCUUACAGCAGAACGCAACGAUGGUCUCCGUACAGGCGACGCAGGUCACCAUCACCAAGAUGGGUUCCACCCAGACGAAGAUCACCUCCGCGACGCAGGUAAAGUAGUUAAAAUCUAAUGAUUCGUAGCAAGCAUUUUUUAGGUAUUAGCAAAAUUAUAUCAAAUAUCAUUGAGUUGUUCCAAAAAAAUAUGAGAUGGUGUUACUAAGUCUUUUAUCUCUCCAACAAAUGCAUAAUAGUUAAGCUCUAUUCACACAGAUGAAUUGUUUAUUUUCUCCUUUGUGAGCAGAGCUUUACUGAUACUCUAUUUGCUCUACCCUUUUACUGCGCUUUUCAAAAACACGCGAAUUCUGACGUUCAAAACCCAACUGACAUUUGACCUAAUGCAUACAUUACUCUGAUAUAUUUUCACUUGUAAGCAUUGUAGACCAUUGUGCAUUGUGAAAAUGAAUUGAUUCCGUCAAAUUAAGUUCGAGGUUUGAAUCAACCGUCGAACUUAUAGUUUUGUUUAAUAAUGACAGCAAUAGCUUAAGAACAACGUAAAAUAGAUCAGUUGUUUUGAAAAAUAACAGCAAUAAUGUAAUGUUGCUGGUGGGAGCGGUGUCUAUCAACAUUUUUGCUCCUUGACACAGUAAGUGCCUUAUGUGAAACUGUGGCUUUCCUUUGUUAUUGAAUUAAUACCCGUGGAAGUCCUCAAACCACGGACAGUGCGUAAUGCUAUUAACUGAAACUGAUAUACUGUGUUUGCAGAUCUCGCUCUCGUUCUCCACGUCGUAGGUCACGUCGUUCCUCAUCUCCUCGACGGCGUUCACGUUCCAAUUCAGCCUCUUCACGUUCACGAUCACGUUCUGUGAGUUUCAGCUCACGUUCCUCACGCUCGCGUUCAGGAUCUCCUGCUGCCGAAACAUCGCGAAAGGAGAAAAAAGAGAAAGGGAAAGACAAGAAGGAAAAAGAAGUUGAGAAAGAGAAAGAAAAAGAAAAAGAAGAGGAAAAAGAAAAGGAGAAAUCAGCGAGUCCGGAGAAGGGUAAGGCGUCUGCGGAGUCUCCUGUUCCACCGCCAACACACCACAGGUCAACUUACAAGAAAAAAGAACAACAGCAAUCACCAGUCAAACAACCUUCACCUUCAUCGUCAUCACCAUCACCUUCACCCGCCCCCCCGCCUGUUAAAGAAGAGAAAGAGGAGAUGAAAGAGAAAGAGGAAAAGGAAGAGUCACCGCCUUUACCCAAAUCCAAGAAAACAACGAGUCGUCGCUACCGCAAACAUUCACCGUCGCCGUCCUCGUCUGAAGAGGAGUGGUCGCCGGAAAGAAAGAAAAAAGCAGAUUCUUCAAAGGAUCGCAGGAAGGAGCGGGAGCGAAGUGAGUCUCCACGGGACAGGAGAAGGAAACGCAAAGAUUCCUCACCCUCCCCGAUGAGAAAACGACGAGAAUCUCCCCCCUCUCCCAGAAGAAAGAGGAUGCAAGACUCGCGUUCACCCGCUGCACGAAGAAAGCGAAGAGAAAAUUCUCGCUCAGCAUCACCUCCGCGAAGACGUCCUCAGGAAAAACGUUCUGUCUCACCACCCCGUCGAAGGAGAAGGUCUGAUUACUCUCCUUCUCCUUCCCCCAGAGAAAGGCGCCGACGCCUGGACCCCUCCCCUCCACGCAGCAGGGAGAGACGAAAGGAACGAAUGUCACCCCCACCCCCUCCACCUCCUCGAAGACGGCGUCGAUCGAGCUCGUCUCCACGUCGGUCGGAAUCGUCCCCACCGUCGCGUUCUGCUGACAGAGGACAGAAAGAGCGUCGCCGUUCACCCGAGCCGGAAAAGGACGCUCGGAGAAGGAAGCGGUCGGAACGUUCACGAUCACGAUCAUCAUCUGCCUCACCAGAGCCCCAGCAGAAGCCACAGGCUGCGGACAAAUCAAAGGUGCGACAAACUAGGCGAUCAUCAUCUUCUUCCGCGUCUCCUGAACCCGAACCCGAGAAAAAGAAACCACGCGAGGCUCGAGAAUCUUCUGAAGGGAAGAAAGCGGCAAAGAGACGGUCACGGUCAGCGUCUCCUGAGCGGCAAACACGAGGACGCAAACGCGUGGAACAUAAAUCAGCCUCCGUGUCACCUGAAAGGUGAGGCAUGCUUAGUAACUCAAGCUGAAAAGCACGGUCGUUGAGUGAACCAUCUAAACUUCAUCAACAUAAGCAUAUUUCAAAAGGUUGAGCUCUAUAGUAGUCAUUACGUCAGUUUUAACUAAGCUAGCGAAAACGUAUCACCCGCCAUAACGAUAUAAUGCUAAUCUUGGUACCUCUUUGGUUGCUUUUAUCUUAAUGAACGCCCUCAAGUGCUUUUCCGGUACCUUUUAGGGGCCUGUUAGGGUGUCGAGCCGAAAAAUGAAUAGUCCUAAGCAGCUUUUCAUUAGAGACCAUAAGAUUCAAAGACGAGUACGACUUCGAGGACGAGAUUUCCUCAAUAUUAAGUAGUGUGCACGUGCGAAGCAGCGUCAUUUUUGACAGGAAAAUGUGAUAGCCGUCGUCUUUCUACUACGGGUUUUAGCGAGAAUCUCGUAGUAGCGUAAACAAGUUAUCAAAUGUUAGAAGUUUUAUUAUUUUGUGAUCAAGAAAGGGUUUAACCUUGUCCAAUAAAGAUAACAGUGCUAACUUUUCUCGGGGGGAAGUACAAUGAAGAAUUCCGGGGUGACAAUACGCGAAAAAACUUUUUUAAUCAAAUCUCGUACUCGAAGUCGUUCUCGUCCUCGAAUCUAAAGGUCUCUUAUGCCUUGCGUGACGGCUGCGUAGGAGAGGAUGAGAGUCACGUGGUACUUAAUUAAUUUUUGGGAUCAAUUAAGGUUUCUUGGAAACUGCCCACCUACCCCUCGACUAAGCGAACAUUAUCACUUACUUCUCACUUAGGGCAAAAUGUUGGCGUAGGGGAUGGGUAGGUGGUCAGUUUGCCCAGAAACCUAAAUUGACCCAAUUUUUGGUACCCCCUAGAGUUGUUUUGGGAUUUUCCGACGGGCAUCCGUGCUGUUUUUCUAACGGAGUAUCCCCGGGUGCUAUAAUCACUGAGCUGUAGUUGAACUCAUGGGUCAUUUAUUAUGGUUCACAUGUGACAUAAUCUUGUUGCUUUCUCAGGCCUAAAAGUCGAAAAUCAGCGCCAGCUAGGUCAGAUUCUCCUGCUCGUAAAACCAAGUCACGUACUAAACGAUCUGCCUCAGCUUCACCCCCGCCGUCCAAGACUGCCCGCGCACGUGGCUCAAGACGUUCCCGUUCUUCUUCCCCAGAACAGCAAGAAAAAUCAAAGUCUCACGCUGCUAAGCAAUCUCCUAAGCCGUCUGUUUCACCCGAACCUCGUCAACAGGCUCGAUCGGCCAAGAAAAGCCCUUCGGCAUCUCCACCACGCGAGCGGGUCAAGCGAAAGGCAGCGACCGAGAGGGCCUCAGACGGAGAUCAUUCUCCAGAGCCCCCUGUCAGGAAGGCCCGCAAAAGUCCUUCCGUGAAAGAAGAAGAGGAGGUGCCUAAGAAGUCCCCUAGUAAAUCACCUCCUGCAAAGGUAAUGAUUAAAGCCUGUUCCAGCUGGUUCCUACGAAGUAGAGACCUUUAGAUUCUACGACGAGUACGAGAUUCUCUCAGUACCAGGUAGCACUCGCACGUGAACCAGUGUCAUUUUGGCGGGAAAACGUGGUAGCCGUCGUCAUUCUACUACGAGUUUUAGGGAGAAUGUCGAUGUGGCGGAAACAAGUUAUUAAAUGUUAGAACUUUUAUCAUUUUGCGAUCGGGAGAGGGAGUACCCUCCUUCACUAAAGAUAACAGUGCUAACUUUUACAGUGAAAAAAAGUAAAAAAAAAAAAACUUUUCGGGGAGUGUAUAUUUUCAGAAUACGCGAAAAAACUUUAAAACUACUCGCAGUUGUCCUGGUCCUCAAAUCUUAAGGUCUCUACUAAUGUGCAGAGAUCGUGAAAAUACACGCACGUUGUAUUUUCACGUGACUUGUUUUCGUGACCUCUCUGCAAUCUGAGAGCGUUGCACAUGCUAAAAGACAUCCUGCAUUUUAGUUUAUUGGAAGCGUUUGCCAUCAAUAUUUAAAAUUUGGGCUUCAAUUAAGUUAUUGUUUUUUACGAGCUCCUGAUUGGCCCACAACCAUCGUUCUCGGAAUGCAGUGUUAUUUUCCCGUAAUCUGAUUUGUCAACUUUGUCUUAGUGGCCCCGGUUACAGAACUCGCACUGCAAAGUGUCCAUGUGUUUAGCACGAAAGUCAUAAUUGAGGAUACUUUAGUUGCGUCUCCUUCCGGAGACAGAACCGCCACCGGGGGUCGAACCCGUGACCUCUCGCUCUGCCGUCCAGUUUUGGGCGAUCCCGCACCUAUUUGAAAGAUUGUUUUUUAUUAGCUGGGAAAACAACAGGGAUUGUCACAUAACAAUGCCACUAUCCAAGAAAACAAUGGAGUGUAGAUUAAAGGGGACCACUGAAAUAAGAGGUUUAGAACGGUUUAGGUUUAUUGCCAGUUUUGCAUUUACUGGUUUUUAGUUCAAAACUUUCUGAAUAAAUCGAAUGCAUUUCAAUACGUUUGGAACAAUAACCAAGGGAGGCUCAUAUCCGGUGGGGCUUAUGAUCGGAUGUAUUUUUUUGUUUACAAGUAGGAAAGGGGGGGGGAGGGCUUAUAAUGUGGGGCAGUCGCCAGUGUACAGUAUAGUAAUUUUGUUGUUACUUUUGGCAGGAAAGCUCGGGAGAGGAGCCUGAAAAAUCAGAAGAGAAGGAAGCUAAAGGAGAGAAGAAGAAAAAGCAUAAGAAACACAAGAAACAUAGUGGCUCAAAACACAAACACAAGCGUUCAAAACACAAGAAACACAAAGACAAAGACAAGUCGCCGGUGGUAAGUGAAGUUUUUAUGUUCUUCAAGCUCUUGUUGGCACCAAAAGUUGCUACUUGUUUUGCAACAUUUGCUUCGAAAAGAGUUGAAUUGACCACUCCAGUAAGUACCAUAACAUACCAUGAUGCUCUUUGUUUGUCGCCCCAAAAUUUUGCAUAAGCAUUGUCAUCACUCUUGGGAGUUAAAAUGGCCUCAAGAGUAUCUGAAGACAAUGCUUAUGCAAAACUUUGGGGCGACAAACAGAGAGCAUUAUGGUAUGUUAUGGUAUUUUGUGGAGUGGUCAAUACCAAUGUUCUGCUUUCCACCUAGCCUGCGAACAGCAGACGCAUUUCCGGUCGUCGCUUCUCACGACCGGAAAUGCGUCUACUGUUCGCAGGUUACGUUCUACCAAUCCCAAGUUCAGAUCUGUCUUGCAGCCAAUCAGGUUCUUGCAAGUGGCGUGAAUACUGACUACUGAUUGGAUAAAAUUACGCGGGAGUCGCGUCACUUUAAUGCAAAACAAGUUUUCUUUAGGUCGGUAAAACGCGCAACAUGUAAAGAUUUUGCUGUAAAAAAUAGAACUGCUCUUUACUUUCUACAACAACUUUUCGCAACCUGCAACAACCCGAUUUGUUGCAAGGCAGGUUUGAUUCGUGGCCGGUAAAACGCUCAACUCCGCUAUUCAGCUCGUUUUGCAGCAAUUACGCAAAACAAGUUGUACGUUUUGUUGCCCGUUUAACCUUUCUUUACAGUUCAGCGAAUUUUUUUCAUUCAACUAAGGGCAAGGCCAAACGUCGAACUUUUCAUGCGACGAACCAAACUGAGUGAGUUAACUUCAUGAUAAGUCCAACUUUUGUGUCAGUUAAGUUCGUCUGAAUGAGUCUGAAUUGACAAACACGUUCUACCCGUCCGCUUCAGACGGAUAGAACGUGUAAAGAUCGUCUCGGGGGCAAACGUCGAUCUUCUUAUGAGACGAAGUCAAAAGAUAAAUUAAAAAUUUGUAUCGUCAUUGGACUGUUUGAAAACUGUUUCGUAUCAUAUUGUUUUCUUUUGAAUUUAGUUCAUCGACGCUAUAAAGUUAUGUUCGACUUUGACCUAAAUGGCAAUUUGUUUCGUUUCAUGAAAAGAUUGGACGUCUGCCCUUGACCAAGAGACCUUUUCUGCAUUCCCGUAAAUAAAGGCACCAACUCAAGGCCUGAAGUGAAGUAAUUUGUAUGAAACUGUCCCCGACCCCGCUUCUUUGGGUUAACGGUCGUUUCUCCUGUGAGUCGUUUCGCUAACUUCCCGGAUUGUGUUCGCCAACUUCUAAGUCAUUUCGCGUACUUGUUGGGUCAGUUCCCCAACUGCUUUCGCCUUAUAAGUGCAAGAACCACUGUAAAUCAGAAAGAUCUGUUUUAGCCCUAAAAAUGGGGCCGUUUCGGUGAGUAAAAUACAGUCCUGUUUUUGACAGGGUUGGCACAGUCUUGAAAAAGUCCGUGAAUAUUUUAGGGGAAGUCCUUGAAAAGUCCUUAAAUUCCAUUUUUCCUUGAAAAGUCCUAAAUUUCAGUGCAAGUCCUUGAAUUUUUUUCAACUUUGAAUGUAGUGGCCUGGCAAGUGUUUUUGAUGAUUUUUUGUUGUCCAAGACAGAAUAUGAAUCAUAACUCAGAGCAUUUAAAGGUUAUUUACACAAAGUGCUCAAUGUUUUAUGCAAUAAUGAACUAUCAAUUUAAGAGAAGUGAACUGAAAAAUGUAGAGAAGUUGGUGAAGCAAACAGUUCAAGCCUUAGAGCCUUAUAAGAAUAGACUGGAAAUGUGCAUUUUUGUAAAAUCGGUGAAAUUAUAUUCCUAGAAGGUGGUCCUUGAAAAUCUAAUGUGGUCCUUGAAAAGCCCUUGAAAAGUCCUUGAAAAAUGGUUGGAAUUUUUUGUAUGAACCCUGUUUGAGUGAAAAAAAAACAAGGCCAAUACAGUCCAAUUAGCUAGGGCUGAUUGGGUCCCAAGGGCUGAAAUGGGCCCAAGCGUGGGCUAUAAUAGCCUUUUGUUUGAGCUUUUCUGGCCUAAAUUGUGCUCAAAUGGCUCCAUGAAGGGCUGAACAGACUUUGUCCUGCAGGGCUGAAUUGACACUUUGGGGCUAAAUCAGAUGUUUUUAAUUUUCAGUGUAGGUAUACAGCUAUUUCGAGAAAGGUUGUCGGAAAAAGUGCACGCGACAAUCCCGAAAGGUAUUGUGGAUGGUUUUGAGUUCACUGUUCUUCAAAGAAAUUUGAAGGAAUGGCACGAGAGCCAUAGACGUAUGUUUGCGAAUGCUAAAGGAAUUAAGCAACAAUCGAAGAUUCGACAGCUACUUUGUUAGCAACAGCGUAUUGACCAUAUCCCAUAUUACCUUUCGGGAUUGUCGCGUGCACAUUUUUUUCCGACAACCUUUCUCGAAAUAGCUGUAUACUAGUCUGCUACACAGCCGUUUUUAGUGUCGUCACGCAACCCCAGUGGGGAGGAGCGUUGCGUGACGACACUAAAAACGGCUGUAUAGCAGACUAAGGUAUAUACAUGCGUAUCGCACUCUUUUGUAUCAUGGCUGAGAGAACGAAGCAUAUACAUCCGCAGCGCUCGGUUCGCUUCUCAGCGGAACGACGUAAAACGUUAGCGAGCGGGACGUUAGCGAUACGACUCGCAGGUGAAACGACCGGUCAACCUUCAUUGCGUGCUCAUUAGAGUGGAUUGCGGCACAGGCUGCCCAGACGUAGUAUGUGUUACUGAAUGAAUAUAUUAAUAUCCACAUGGACAAAUUAAUGCGAUGAGUCGUCGAAACUCCCAUGGACUAAAAUAGUCUAAAAGUCAAAAUAUAACAAAGCAAAGCUAAGAUACCUUCAACUGAACGUAUCCUUGUCUUUCCUGGCCGGUUUAAGUGGCAUUUUGUUGAGUUUUGAAAUUGUAGGUACUAUCCACUAAAGAAGAAUUAAAGGCUGGCUACAAAACAAACAGACCAUCUCCACGCGCCUUCACACGAAGCGCUAUAAAUUCGAGAAUAAUCGACGAAUCCGCUCCAAAUAACCAUCGGCUAAUCUGCAGGUAACGUGUGCUCCUGCUUCUGGCUCGCUUGCUCCACAAAACCCAUCACAACUGCACAAUAAUUGCUCGCUCAUCAACAACCACUGUUGACCUUUACGCUUCGAUAUGACCGCAUACGACCAGGUUUAAUACGCGACGUGAAUAUUCAAGCUUAGCGACCGCGUUCGCGCAACAAUGCAGCACUUGCUAUGGGAGGGAUGGUACUAUUGCUUCCAGGUCAAUCAAUCGGGAAAAUAAUAUUGAUGCCCUUGUCAUUUUUUAAAAAGAUCCAAUUUGCCCAAGGAGCACCGAACAGAUACGAAUCUUAUAGCGGAGCUAAAAAAAAUGAGCGGCAGUGGAAAAAGUGAAUAAGAACAUGUACCACAUUUUCUCCAUAAAAAGUGAAAACCAGGAAGUUUUCUGGACGUUUCACGUUGCAGUCAUGCAAAUCAACGGCAAGGAAAUGUACAAGAAAGUGUGCUGCAAUUAGACCUAUUGUUGUUUUUCACAGUUCUGGUCAAGGGCAUCCAACUUUUAAUUUUUCACAUUUCACUCACCGGGUUAGGCUAUUUUUCUUAGAGAGUAAAAUGGAAUCCUAAAAUUUUCGGAUUCAAAAAUGUGAUGAAAGAAGGUAUCUGAAAAAUUAUCUCCUUCGUAAUACGUUAAAUUGCAUCUAAAAUUUUCGGGAAAAUAAUUCUGAAUUCCUCGUAAUUUCGAAAAGACUCAAGUUCCUCUAGAAUGGCCGAACACUGAGAUGCAAAUUUUAUAGCGCCACUUAGAAUGCAUUUCUAUAGAGCUAAAAGUACUUUAUGAAUAGCUACAGAAGUGUUUUCAAUUGAAAGUAUUUGAGGAAACAGUCGUUGGGUGGCCCUGUCUCGUUGCCUUCUCCGCUUAGCAUUACACGAUAUAUUUUAUAUUUAGUAUGAGCAAACUAUAAAUCAUUAGCUUCGCUUUUAGCCCUCCUGACUAAAUUUAUGUAAGCGCUGUUUAGAAUACAUUUUUCGAUCAAAAGUACCCUGGACAGCCUUAAAUGUGUUUUCGAUGCAUUUAGGGGGAAAUCAUCGUUGGGUGCCCCUGAGUUUUGAGAAUAAUAAUAAUAAUAAAAAAAGAUAUCGCGCACAUAAAUUUUACCUUACGAUAUCUUCAGCUGUAUCUUCUAUUCAGCUGCAUAGCGGGGGCCAGAUUUUGCCUUUUUCCUGGGCGGAAAAUUCUCGUCCUCCUUCACCAGUUUGGACAACAUAUUAUGGAGUAAGACGUUGUUAAUCUAAGCAAAUAAGUCUGGUAGAGUCAAGAACCUAUGCAAGCGGCUGGACGAACAAUGUGACAGCAGCUGAGACAGCGAACGUUAGAAGAAUUCGAACAUGAAAACCAGGGCUGCCCUGUUGAAAACUUACGGACGGUCCCGCGAUCGCCUUUUGUUUUCUGGUCAAAACUAACGCAGCGAACCUUCGGUCAGUCGAUUGACCUGGAAGCAAUAGUACCAUCCCUCCCAUAGCAAGUGCUGCAUUGUUGCGCGAACGCGGUCGCUAAGCUUGAAUAUUCACGUCGCGUAUUAAACCUGGUCGUUUGCGGUCAUAUCGAAGCGUAAAGGUCAACAGUGGUUGUUGAUGAGCGAGCAAUUAUUGUGCAGUUGUGAUGGGUUUUGUGGAGCAAGCGAGCCAGAAGCAGGAGCACACGUUACCUGCAGAUUAGCCGAUGGUUAUUUGGAGCGGAUUCGUCGAUUAUUCUCGAAUUUAUAGCGCUUCGUGUGAAGGCGCGUGGAGAUGGUCUGUUUGUUUUGUAGCCAGCCUUUAAUUCUUCUUUAGUGGAUAGUACCUACAAUUUCAAAACUCAACAAAAUGCCACUUAAACCGGCCAGGAAAGACAAGGAUACGUUCAGUUGAAGGUAUCUUAGCUUUGUUUUGUUAUAUUUUGACUUUUAGACUAUUUUAGUCCAUGGGAGUUUCGACGACUCAUCGCAUUAAUUUGUCCAUGUGGAUAUUAAUAUAUUCAUUCAGUGACACAUACUACGUCUGGGCUGCCUGUGAUUGCGGAAAAAGUCGAUUGACAAAGCUCCUCUUACGUGUUCGUCGCCAGGGCCGCCUAGAUUGCAUGCAGACUUGAAUUCUAUUUGAGUAUACGUAUGCUUGUAAAUGUGCCCUCUCAACAUGUGCCCGUCUCGUGUAGCGCCUACAAAAUAAAGUGACGAAUAAUAAUCGAAUCUUGAAAAGCCCCUCGUCGGACAGCUGAAAAUUAAGAUGAUUUGCAGUCUGUCUACUUUGAAAUGUAUGCAAAAUGUGAAAGCAUGUGUGGUUCAGGUUACUGUUCACAAAUCAUCCAGCCUAAUCUUCAGUGUUUUGUUACUCGAAAUUUAUUAUUAGUCACGCUACCAAGUUGCCUUGUAUGUUUGUCGUUUUAAAAAGGGAAAAAUUUUUCCAGUUAGUAAAAUGACUGUGUGUCGAAAAGAAACGACUAAAUGACUGUGUAGAUGGCAACAGCUUGAAAUUAUUAACUGCCGCUUGGUAAACUUUCGCCUCCGCGACUUUGUUUACAUUGAAAUGAAAUCUAAAGAAGAAAAAAAAAUUGAAUUAGCCUGUCCUAUCAAAUCUUAAAUUUGAAAAAGAACAGGGUUUUUUUAGUUCCAAUGUUUGAGGUAAACAAAAUCCGGGCUUGGUAGACAGUCAUUUACACAAUUGUAUAAGGUUUUUACAACAGAUUGCAUUAAGCGAUCCGGUUGUGUUUUCGCAAUAAUUUCGGGGGUAUCUUCACCCCAGUUUUGUAGUCUGGCUCCCCAAUAGUGAUUUAAACGUAGGAGAUCUACGGGAAAAUUUAUCGACGUUCCCUGUUUAAGUGAGUUGUGAUGUACUAUCGCCCUGCUUACAUGAGCAGGUUUGUAUAUUGGCUUAACAAGCGGGUUUGCGGGCCCAUGUGUUCUCCGCCAUAUUCUAUCGAUAAGAAGAGGGUGUUUGCUAUCGUCCAGUGGUUUUCCUAGAAAUAAAAAAUUUUGCAUGGUUAAUUCUGAUGCUCGAGGCACCUUUUUACUAAACUGUUUUACAGCUCUCUGCACGAAGAAAGGUUGUUGAUCCGUGGGGCUGAAAGGGUACUCGUCGAUAUCAAUCGCUGAUUGCCACAUAGUUUCGUGCCCAAAUCGCUCGAUACAGUCCUGAUAAGCGGCGUGUUGUGUGCCGGCAAUGGAAUAUGGAUAUGCUCUGUGACUCCAGUCAACAUAAGUCACAAAUCCUUCGUCAAUAAGCGAUUUCAAAGCUAGUAUUUGUGACUCGUUCUUAAGCACGUAAGCAUCGUAAAUAUAGACGUGUUCAAAUCCAGCAUACCGAAGAUAAUAAAGCCAUUGUUUCAUUUCCCGAGUGGUUAACUUCGCGAGGUCUUUAUAGUAAAUUCGCACAAGAAGCACGGCUGUUAAAAAGAAAGGCUUCGAUGACUUUUCUUUUAAGUGGCACCAGAUUUGACAAUUAAUUUUCUUUGUUGUUAUGGUGGCAUUUUCCUCCUUCCCAUCUGUUGUUUUCACUAUUUGCCGAGUGACAGUAUUUAUUUGCCUUGUGUCCUCAGAGAUUGGCGAGUCGUAAGGUUUCAGUGUAACUUUAGUGAAGUUUAUCCUUGGUUGACCGGAUGAGUAGUUAAUUUCACUGCUGAAUUUCUUGUCAACAGCAUUUAUUAUGCGGAGACCAAACGUAUGCAUAAGAAGAACCACAAAUAACGCGUAAAACAAGACUAACAUCCAUAACAGCUUCCUUGUUGAGAAAAUAUGUCGACGUCCACAACGUUUUGGAAGGAAGUUCGUGCAAUUUAGUAGCGCCAUUUUCAUAACCAGUGUCUGAAAGUCAAAAGUAUAAAGAUUGACACCAUGUUUACACCCUAUCACUGCUUUUUACUAGAACUAAUUUUCACGUGACAAUCCUGAGGUGGCCAAUGAUCAAAAUAAUCGAAGAAUAAGCUGCAGAAUGACUCGACAACAACGAAACUCAGCUAUGCGGAACAAAUGUCACAAAUUCAAGGUUUUAGAAAUAUUUUCGAGUAUGGUAGUGACCAAUAAAUAUAAUUAUGUUCUUUUGAAACAUUUAGUGUAUUUUUAUUUAUUUAUUUAUUUAUUUACUCGCUAACUUAUUUAUUUAUUUAUACGAUUUAUAUUUACGAAUGUCUAUAAAGUUAAGCUAAGUCCUUAGAAUUAACAUAUGAAUGAGUUAAAUAUUGAAUAUCCUUUGGCUCAAGCCAAGUCAGACGUCGAGCUUCAUAUGUGACGGGCAUUUUCUUCGUUUUCGUUGUCACGCAAUCAACACGGGCCCCAAAAAAUACAUUGGAAACCGUCCUGUGGAAGAAGCCAAGAAAAUGAAUGUUAUAAAAGACUAAUAUAUAAACAAUUUGUCCAAAUCUCACGUCUUUGUGGCCCACAGUUUCUGACUUAUUUGCCGAAACGUUUCACGCAUGUUGAAUCGAUUUGAUGACGUCACUGUGAAAACUAUCAAUAUGCAAAGUCUGUUGUUCUUAGUCAUUACCAUCAGGUUCGUCUCUUGUAAAGUUCGCCUUUUGACCCAGGCCUUACAUGUUCAAAAACCGGCCACAAAAAUACAUCCUUAGGCCCUUCUUAAAUUUAAAGAGUGAGAUGUUUUCUUCCCACGAUAGCUUGCUUUUAAUUAUUUAAAACGAAGCGUUCCCCUUCUUUUUCUUUUUACUGCGCUUAGCGAUAAAAAGGACACUUUUUAAUUUUCCCUUUUUUACCUCAGUUAUUUUAUUUUAUUUUCUUUUGUAAUUUUAUAAACGACUCUGGAUUUCCGUUUUCCUGCCCUUGCAUCGAUCCGAAACUGAAUUUUAAAAAGUUUUUCUUACUAUUAACAUUCGAAAACAAAAAAGAUUAAAUGCCAGGGUGAACAUGCAGUAAUUUUCAUGAAUCAAAUUGUAAAUUUCGAUUGGUAAGGCAUUAAAUUUCCACGUCUAACCCGGACAGGUUCUACAAAUCUUUUCCGAUGGAGUUGAAGUGAAAAUGAACUGAAGUUUUCCGUCUGGCAAAAUUAUCGUAAUGAACGUGGCAGGCGAAUUUCGUUCAUUUGGAUCGACCCAAACUGUGUGAACUGAGCUCGGUUAAUGAAAUGUGCCUUGUUUAUUCUGCGUCUAGGUUGAUUUUGUGAGAUAGUGACCGUGUUGUCGUCUCUUUUCUUUAAGCAGUCGGAUGGAAGUGUGGAAGAGGAUGACACGGAAACAUUGGAAAAGAAGCUCCGGGAGAAAGCCUUACAGUCCAUGCAAAGACACAACAAAUCUCCCGAGGCCCAACCAGACGAAGACUGA